CCGUCCUGGUUUGUAGCAGUCUGGGAAUCAUCUGCUCAUCGCAGCUAGUCUACUCUCUCUCUCUCAAUUAUAAACCAAACCGCAACAGGUUCAGAACGACAUCAGCGUUCUAGGUUGGGAAUUAAGGAAUAACAUCGUUAAAGGAGGGAUUUGUCCUAAACUAGGAAGAUGAUGAAACGAGCAGCUCCUGAAGCUGCCGCUACCCUCCUUUGCAUUGAACGAUGUCUGUGAGUUGAAUAGAGGUUCUCUCUGUAGCCGUUGGUGCUCCCACUAUGAACGCAGCAGCCGUUGGCUGAUGAUGUAGGACGGACGGAAGAAAUCCUGUGAUAUCCUUCAUCGAAGUCCACCCCCCCACCCCCCCGGGAAGCACAGGGUAGAGGAUGAAGGAGCAGGAACCUCUGGAAGCAGUCAGCAUGUGGAACAUCAGUCCAGAGGAGAGGUUGAAACAUGAUAAACAGUUUAACUCUCUGACACCUAUCCUGGGAUACAUAUCGGGUGAACAGGCGAGUCAGUUCUUCCUCCAGUCUGGUCUUCCUCCUUCAGUCCUGGCUGAGAUCUGGUCCCUAGCUGAUAUGGGUAGUGAUGGGAGGAUGGACCAACUAGAGUUCUCUAUUGCCAUGAAGCUGAUUAAACUGAGGCUGCAGGGGCGGGGCCUUCCCCCCUCUCUACCAAUCAGCAUGAAGCAGCCACCCACUGCCACGCCCACCUCCAUUAUGAAGUCUUCAGCAUGCUUCGGUAUGCCCGUCCUGACCCCGGUGCCCCUUAACCCCACCCUGACCUCUGUGCCCUCCCUGGUUCCCAUGAUGAUGCCCCUGGCCAAUGGCAACUCCAGCCUCCUCAACCCAUCUCCAUUUAGCACCACUCCAGCACUCCCUCUGUCCUGCUUCUCCUCUCCAAUGGCAUUCUCUCCAUCUGCUGGGAUCUCCAAGGCUAACUCCCUAUUGGAUCUGUCCUCUAGCAGUUCUAACUCCUCCUCCACCACCUCCCUGGCCAGUAACUCUCCCAAGACGUGCUCUUGUGAUUGGUCCGUUCCCCAGUCCACCAGGCUGAAGUACAGACAACAGUUUAACAGUCUGGACAAGCUGAUGAGUGGAUACCUCUCUGGCCCUCAGGUGAGGAACGCCCUGACUGCAUCCAACCUGACCCAGACACAGCUAGCUACCAUCUGGACCCUGGCUGACGUGGAUAAGGACGGUCAGCUGAGAGCUGAGGAGUUUAUUCUGGCCAUGCACCUGGUAGAUAUGGUUACGACAGGAUGUCCGCUACCCCUCACCCUGCCCUCUGACCUGGUACCCCCCUGUCUUAGAGAUAGCAGGCCAGUAGAGAUGUUGAAUGGAACUGGGCCCUAUCUCUCCACUGGCCUGAUAGACGGGACAGCAGAGCUUGAACCUGCACACAAGAACAAGAACAACGUAUCGUAUGAGGACCGUCUGAAGGAAAACUUUGCGCGAGGCAGCGCUGAGCUGGAGAAGCGUCGUCUGGCUCUAGAAGAUAAACAGAGGAGGGAGGUGGAGAUGAGAGAGAGGGAGGCCAGUGAGGUGCAGGGGAUGAGAGAGGUGUGGGAGCAGGAGCAGGAGAACAAGAGACAACAAGAAGAGGAGAGACAGAGAGAGAGAAAGGAGGCAGCGCAACAGGAGCAGGAGCGCCAGCUGAGGGAGGAGUGGGAGCGAGUUAGGAAGGAAGAGUUGUGGAGGAUGAGAGAAAGAGAGCAAGAGGAGAUCACUGUGCUCCGAGCCAAGAAGAAGAGUUUGGAGAUGGAGCUGGAGGCUGUGGGCAGCAGACACAAGCAGUUAUCAGAUGGUCUCCGUGACGCCCAGAGUAAGAGGCGGAUCCAAAGAGCGGAGAUCGAUCUCAUCAAUCAGAGGAGAGAUGGGCGUGCCUCCAAGAUCAACACCCUGCAGACACAGUUUGAGGACUACCAGAGGAAACUGUGUCAGUUGGUUCCACAGCAACAGAGACUGACAGAGAGACUCAAGAACAUGGGCUGCAACAACAUCCCUGCUGUGGAAAUUACCUCUGUAGGUGGCAGUGUUGCGGAGAAGGGCGUGGUCUGUCGGAGGCUGAAGGACCAAUUAGACACUCUGGAGAGAGAGACAACCGACAAGCUGGCCAUGAUGGACCACUACCAGCAAGACCUCAAGUCAGUCGAUAUGGAUGACUGUGUUCUACAGUCUCUUCUCUCGCUGCUGGGCUGUCUCAGUCAACUCUUCCUCCUUAUCAAGGACCUGAGGGAGCGGCAGGGGAAGCAGCAGUCUGUUCUGGAGGACCUCUGCCGGGUCAAGAAGCAGAAACUGAGAGAGAUGGAGAGAGGGAGAGACGAGGAGAGAAAGAGGAGGGGGGAUGAAGAGGCUGCCAGACAAGCCAAGCUGGAGGGAGAGAGGAGAGAGGAGGAGGAGGAGGAGGAGAGGAGGAGGCGGCGAAUUGAGCCGCAGGAGAGAGGAGGACGCCAGCAUCCAGUGCUGAAUGCAGAGAGUUUAUUAACCCUGACCUCCUGCAGAGCCCUGUACCCCUUCACCGCACGCAACGCUGACGAGCUCAGCCUGGACGCUGACUGUCUCAUAGAGGUAGAUGAUGAGAUGGUGGCGGAGCCUGGUUGGCUGUGUGGUAGUUACCGUGGGAACAGGGGCUGGUUCCCCCAGAGCUAUGCUGAGAGAUGCACCACCCCCCUUGCCUCUGACCUACUGCCCCCUUCCUGUCCAACACUACCACCCAGCCCUGGACUUCCUGACGGAGAGAUUGCAGGGGCAGGACGGAUCCCCGCCCCCAACGUCACCCCCAUCAAAGACUCCUCCCAGGAAAACAACACACACGCAGAACCUCUAUACACCACUGUUGAUGAGUUGGAGAGCCCAGAUCCCAGCCAGCUAGAAGAGUUUGUGGCCCUGUUCACCUAUGAGAGCCCGGAGGCAGGCGACCUGACGUUCUCUGAGGGGGACGUAGUCAUGGUAACAGAGCAGGAGGGGGAGUGGUGGAGGGGGUGCAUUGGAAACCGGACCGGAGUGUUCCCUUCCAACUAUGUCAAACCCAUGGAACCAGAGAUCACUAGAGCUGCUUCCAAGAAACCUGAGAUCGCCCAGGCGAUCACCCUGACUACAGAGCAGCUAAGUCUGUCACCGGGGCAACUGAUCGUGGUCCAUGCCAAGAACUCCUCCGGCUGGUGGCUUGGGGAAUUGCAGGUCCGAGGGAAGGGCCCACGAAGAGGCUGGUUCCGCUCCUCUCAUGUCAAACUGCUCCCUCCCACAAGCAGCAAGACUACCCCUGUCCCAGACUGCCUCUAG